UACACCUUAUCCCCUUCAGCAGAACUGUUGAUCAACCAGCAAAGACUGCAUUAGACCAACCAUUGCAUUUCAAAUCUUCUCUCUCUCCACUGUGAGCGGCCGGCUGAGCUAUUUCCUCCUCCAACUCCAAACCCAUUCCAUAAAAUACAGCCGUGAUGUCUACAUCUACAUGGAUGCCAAUCAGGACCCAAUACCUGCCUGAGACCCUUUCAUUCAGUAAACACCCAUCUAUCUCUCCUUCCCCGGCCUUUCACUCUCAUCCUUAUCUGGGUACUAAUUUCUUGAAGCUCAGAGGUCAUGGAUUGCUACAUCGCCAUGGCAUACUCAUGCGAGCCGCCGAGGACAAGGCUCGAGGAAAAGGGUUGGAGAAACAGAUUCAGGAAUUGACAACAUCUUAUGGGGAAUGUGACCCGUUAUGUUCAGUCGACGAUGCAAGCUCGCAAUAUUUUGAAGACACCUACCAACCCAAGUCCGAUUUUCUUAAAGCUCUUGUAAUUUUCGCAGCAGCCCUUACUGGAGCACUUGCUAUUAAUCAGUCAUGGGUUGCAGCCAAUCAGGAUAUUGCUAUGGCAUUAGUAUUUGGACUCGGAUAUGCAGGUAUCAUUUUUGAAGAAUCUCUGGCCUUUAACAAAAGCGGAGUGGGCUUAAUAAUGGCUGUGAGUCUGUGGGUUAUCCGUAGCAUUGGGGCUCCUUCGACGGAUGUUGUGAUUUCAGAGUUGUCUCGUGCUUCUUCUGAAGUAAGUGAGAUUGUAUUUUUUUUACUUGGUGCAAUGACUGUUGUGGAGAUUGUGGACGCUCAUCAAGGGUUUAAGCUGGUUACUGAUAACAUAACCACUAGAAAGCCAAGGGUUCUCCUAUGGGUGAUUGGCUUUGUGACUUUCUUGCUUAGCUCAGUCCUGGACAACCUUACUUCGACAAUUGUAAUGGUUUCCCUACUUCGGAAGCUGGUACCUCCAUCUGAAUACCGCAAAUUUUUGGGUGCUGUUGUUGUGAUUGCGGCUAAUGCAGGUGGUGCUUGGACUCCGAUUGGUGAUGUCACGACUACAAUGCUAUGGAUUCAUGGUCAUAUUUCCACUCUACAGACAAUGAAGGAUUUGCUAGUACCAUCUUUGGUUUCUUUGGUGGUUCCACUUGCUCUUAUGUCACUUACAAGUGAAGUUGAUGGGAAGGGACAAGAAGUUGCGUAUGAAUUGACAUCUGAAAAAAUGGCUCCUCGUGGACAGCUUGUUUUCGCUGUUGGAAUUGGAUCUCUCAUUUUUGUCCCGAUUUUCAAGGCUUUAACCGGCCUACCUCCAUUCAUGGGCAUGCUGCUUGGACUGGGAGUCCUUUGGAUUCUAACCGAUGCCAUCCACUUUGGAGAGUCCGAAAGACAAAAGCUUAAAGUACCACAAGCUUUAUCCCGGAUCGAUACUCAAGGAGCUCUUUUCUUCCUCGGAAUCCUUCUCUCUGUCAGUAGCCUGGAGGCAGCUGGGAUAUUGAGGGAAUUGGCGAACUAUCUAGACUCACACAUUUCCAGCGUUGAGGUGAUAGCAAGUAUCAUAGGGGUGGUGUCGGCUAUAAUAGACAAUGUUCCAUUAGUUGCAGCGACAAUGGGUAUGUACGAUCUGAACACAUUCCCGCAGGAUUCAGAGUUCUGGCAGCUUGUUGCAUAUUGUGCCGGUACUGGUGGAUCCAUUUUGGUUAUCGGCUCAGCUGCUGGAGUGGCGUUUAUGGGAAUGGAAAAAGUCAACUUCUUGUGGUACUUGAGAAAGGUGAGUGGAUUUGCCUUUGCUGGUUAUGCGGCUGGAAUUGGAGCCUAUCUGGCUAUGCAUAAUCUUCACUUAUCCCUUCUUCCAACCACUGUAGCUCAAAUUCCUUUCCUUUUUGGAUCAUAAUAGCUAUAGAUUGUCUAGGAGAAUAAAUUUCUUGCAGAAGAUAAAAGCCAUAGGAAUGGAAUUGGAAUGGAUUGAAUUGGAUCUCGUGGGUCAGAGAGCUAGCGAGCGAAUGCAUAUUAGAUCAUUGUUCGCCACCAUGAUGAAGACUUGUCCAAGAUCCAUGUAUGAAUGUAAAAGAACCCAUUACAAGGAAGAAUCAAUAGAUGAUGCAUGUUGCUUGUGUUAUAUUGUCUUUUUAACA